UUCCCCAGCUUGUUACUUUCAGUUCCUUGUUUCAUCUCAGCCUUUAAAAUUAAGAACUCGCUGAAUUCUGCCAUUGACAUUUGUGAAACAACUUGCAACUUGACCUGAAUUAAGGUUUGUGUGAAGAUGUCGGACCCCACCUCAAACCAGCCUCUGCUGGCAGCUACCAACCAGCAGGCAGCCAAUGCACAGGGUGGCCGCUCCUCUCGGGCCUAUAAGGUGGCGGGUCUAACCCUGUUGGCCUGUGUCCUGAUUGUGGGCCAGGCGAUGACCGUCUACUUCCUCUUCAGCCAGAAGAGCGACAUCAAAACUCUGCGGGAGCAGAACGAAAACCUGGGGUCAGAGAUGACGAAGUCACGAUCUGUCGCUGUGUCCAUGCGGAUGCCCAUGAACGCCUUGCCCAAACUAAUGGCUUUCUCUUUGGACGACGAUUCUUCGACCGAAGUCCCAGAUACAACUGUCCCUCAGCAGGCCACUCUCUGUCAGCUGGAGGCGGCUGGUGUGAAGCCUGUGCAGGUGCCGGGUUUCCGCCCGGUCUGUGACGAGCGCGGCCUCUACCGGGCCCAGCAGUGCUUUGUGCAGCACUGCUGGUGUGUGAACCCGGCCGACGGGCAGCAGAUCUCUGGAUCCCUGACCAAAGGACACGCCUCUUGCGGCGCAUCCGUCCGCGGCGCAUCCGUCCGCGGCGGCAGCAUAAGCAAACUGUUGACUCUGCCUGAUGCUGCGUGAUACUGAGCUGACGACAUCACCUCCAGACACGAGCAGUUCAACUCCAACUCAUUGUUUAUCCACUUCAUAUGUGUAGUACUUGAGAAGCACAUAGGCUUUUAUAUGCUGCUGAUACAUUUAUAAAUAAUUACAUUUAUCUGCUUGCCAUCGUCUUACAAGUUUGAUACUCAUCUGCAACCUAUACUGAAUUGACAGAGGUGACUUUUGCUAUUGAUUACAUUCCUCCAUCUGUCAGCUGUUUUUUUAAAUGUCUGGUUAAAGUUAAGGAUUUGUUGGUUACUGUUUUUUAGACUUAAAUAUUUAUUAAGAUAUUGUCCCAUGUCAGUUUGACUAAAACAGCCUUUCUUUAUAUUUGGAAGUUUGUAAAGAGCGGUGAAUAUUUUACUAAAUAUACUUUUAUAAUUCAGAUAAACAGCGUCGUGUCUCUAAUGUCUGGCUAAAUGAGGAGAAACAUAUUGAAACACAUUUGGGCACAAUCAGGAAACAGGGACAUUCCACUUCUGAGACAAUGGCAAACUGUAUUCUCCCCAUUUAUUUGAACAAUCCAAAUAAAAGUCUUAAUCACAA